UGGUAUUCAAUGUUUACCAUUUUAAAUUAUCGUUUAGGAGCCAUCAAUCACGAUCGUAGUUUAGCCUUAAUCUGCAACCCUCUUUCCCUCUUCUGUCCCAACUAAGCCUCUUCAAACAAUUUUCACACUGCCGCUUUCCAUACUUUCAAAUCCAAUCCUGUUUUUGUUGCUCCACUUGGUAGUAUAGUAAGACAGGGGAACUGAGAGAGCAGAACAAGAACCCAAUAUUUGACCAGAAAAAAGAAAAAGAAUCUAAAGGAACAUUCCCGUACAAUCCCUAUCAUAUUAGAACACUCGCCCACCGUCCACGUGGCGAAAUAGACAAUCAACGGUCCACAUUUCCCUCUCACAGAAGAAAAAUUGGCAAAAAAACCCUCGGCCCCUUUUGUUUUACUCCGUUUUCCGCAAAUCGGAAAGUGGCCGCCAAAAAUCGCCAAUACGGUCUCCUCCCAUUUAUAUAGAACGCAUCUGGAAAGGAAUCUCAAUCUCGCUGCGAAAGCAUCAAUCUUUUUUCCACCCUCUUCUCCUCCUCCUCCCAGCCGGAGAGAAGAGAAAAAAAACAUGACCAGGGUCAACAAGGAGGCGCCGCCGUCGCCGUCGCCGGACCAGAUGUCGGGGCUCCGGGAUCCCCUCCUCCCGGGACCCGAAUCCGCCAAGGUAAUCGAGCGGCUGACGAUAGACGACAUGCUGCAGAAAUACUGCGGCGAGUUCGGGCGGUGGCAGCUCCGCCACUUCGUCCUCACCAGCCUGGCCUGGGCUUUGGAGGCGUUCCACACCAUGGUGAUGAUCUUCGCCGACCGGGAGCCCGACUUCCGCUGCCUGGGCGGCGCCGGCGCGUGCGACCCGAAAGGAGGGGUCUGUGGGCUGGAACCCGGGUCGUGGGAGUGGGCCGGGGGCCCGGACAGCUCGACGGUGGGCGAGUGGGGGCUGGUGUGCGGUGAGAAGUACAAGGUCGGGCUGGUCCAGGCCGCUUUCUUCGGUGGCUGCAUGAUAGGUGCGGGGAUCUUCGGCCAUCUCUCCGACUCGAAACUGGGCCGGAAAGGCUCCCUUACCGUAGUCUGCUUCCUCAACGCCGUCCUGGGCUGCCUAACCGCAUUCGCCCCAAACUACUGGGCCUACCUCCUGAUCCGCCUCCUGACCGGGUUCAGCACGGGCGGGGUGGGCCUCUGCGCAUUCGUCCUCGCAACCGAGCCCAUAGGCCCAACAAAGCGCGGGCCCGCCGGCAUGUCCACCUUCUACUUCUUCUCCACCGGAAUCGCCAUCCUCUCCGGCAUCGCCGCCUACUUAUCCACCUCCUGGCGAUCACUCUACAUCGCCUCCUCCAUCCCUUCCUUCCUCUUCCUCAUCCUCGUCAUCCCCUUCGUCUCCGAGUCCCCACGAUGGUACCUAGUCCGCGGCCGGGUCACGGAGGCCAUGUCCAUCAUGCGCUCCAUCGCCAGGUCCAACCGCCGCCACCUCCCCGACGGCGUCGUUUUAGCCCUCGACGAGGACGUGGCGAAUGACGACGUGGCAGGGGAGGGGACCACCGCGUCGGGUUCGCUGGUGGACGUGAUCCGCUCGCCCGUGACCCGGACCCGACUGGUCCUCGCGGUGGCGAUUAGCUUCUUGUCCGCGGUGGUGUACUACGGUUUGAGCCUCAAUGUGGUCAAUUUGGAGACCAAUUUGUACGUCAGCGUGCUGGUCAACGCGGUGGCGGAGAUGCCGUCCUACACGCUGACGGCGGUUUUGUUGGAGAGGUUUGGGAGGAAGCCGCUGGCGAUCGGGACGCAGUGGUUUAGCGGCGUGUUCUGCUUGCUUGGCUGCGUGGUUGGCGGGGAAGGCGACGCGUGGAAGGUGGUGAAGAUGGUGUGUGGGGUUUUGGGGAUAUUUGGGAUGGCCGGGACUUACAAUUUACUGUUUAUCUAUGCGGCGGAGCUGUUCCCGACGGUGGUGAGGAACGCGGCGCUGGGUUGUGCGACGCAGGCGUCGCAGUUCGGGGCGAUCCUGGCGCCGUUCGUGGUGGUGAUGGGCGGGUCCGGCCCGUUUGCGGUUUUCGCGGUGUGUGGGCUUGUGGGUGGUGGGCUGGCGUUUUUCCUGCCGGAGACGUUGAAUCAGCCGCUUUAUGAUACCAUGACCGGGAUGGUUGAGGGAGGCGGGAAAGAUGGUUCCCGCCAACAAGCAGUUUGAGAGAGAGGAAUGUCCUUGGUUUUUUUUUUUUUUUUUUUCCCGCAUUGGUUUAGUCGGAUAAAUUUCUUUCUUUGUUUUGAGAACUGCACACCUUCUCCCUACGGUCGAACAUAUGAUUUCCUUUUCGAUGUACAUUGUGGAAGAAGGUAGGACUUCCAACUGAAACCUAAUGAUCACUCUGAAACCCACGUCCCCAUUAGGACCCGCAAGAAGCAAAUCACAAACGGUGGAGUGAAUCCUAUCCUACAAGUCUCUAAUCUCCACCACUCUAGUUACCCUAGCAGUUCUGGCAAUGCUUUAACAUUAUUGACUAGCUGCUACGGCCACAUUUACACCUCUGUCGCACCAGUUACCAAACACUUGGCCACAUAAACCAAAGAAUGGCAGUGAGGCUGGGCCAAAUGGAAUUGGUCUACUGUCGAGAACACCUCAGUCAUCAAAUUGUCCUCUGUUUGUUUUUCUGGAUCGACUGGCCGUUGCUAAGGGACAAAUCACAACGGAUUGAAGACAAUAUGACAAGGUCCCAGUUAGUUACAGCGCAUAAGCUUAGCUGCGGCUGGUGCCGCAUAUUGCCAAAAAGGGCCAAAACAGAGUAGUCCUCUGCCGUGGGACGACGACAAAAAAACAGAGCAUCGUAUCUCAAGAAUCAAGAACGUCGCGUUCAAAAGUUCGAUACUUCCCACAAGAGUUGGACUCGGUAGUUGGGAAUACGAAAAAAGGGCGAGUGGCAUA